AGUAAUUUAAUAAUUCAGUUUAUAAAAUGACUAAUUAUUUCUAUUUCGAUAACACGAGCAAAUAUAAUAAAAAUUGUAUAUACCUCAUGGUUCAAAAAGUACAAACGAAAUUCAAUUCAAAGCAAAUGAAAUUAAUUAAGUAGCCAAUGGAUUACGAAAUACAAUUUUUAAAAUGUUUGCCUUCAGACAGUCAAACUCUGUAGAUGUUCAUAAAAUUCAUCAAUAACGCGGUGUCUGAUCGUUGCUGAAAUUCCUCUCAUUGCAUCUCUGGUGCAAUACUGAAGAAUGUGCAGGUUUUCCAUUAAGUCCACACAAACUUUAUCUUUAGUUUUUCUCAUAUUGCAAAGUAUAGAGAGUUUAAUUCGGGGCUAUGUGGGAUUCGAUACCGUCUCCAUCCUUUUUCGAUGCUUGCAAAACAAACUAUCUGGGACCAAAUAUCAUGUUUGAUAGAUUUAUGCAAAAUAAAUAAAUAAAUUCAAAAAACAACUUGUUUCAAACAAACUAUUCAAAAGUUAUAGUAUUUUCCCACCAGGAUAUACUUAUCACCACCCUGUACUUAUGUGAAAAUAUAUUCUUAAGUUUACAAAUAUCCUCACUUUCUCUAUAGAUCAAAACCUUUCAUAGUCUCCAAAUAUCCGAAAAUUCAACUAUACGAAGUUCUAAUUAGAAGUGUAACCUGUUCAUUGGUAAAUAGUUAAUUACAAAGCAGCUGUAGUUUAAGUUAAUCAUAAAAUCACUUGGCGCAAGAUAAUACAGCGUACGUGAAACAAUCUCAUUGUAUUUUCCUGAAAAGCGUUUUAAACUUUCACUGAACAAUAAAACGAGGUAUCUAUGGUGAAAUAGAAUCUGAUCAAUACACAAAACGUAUUUUAAGUGCCAUGUCUUUCUGAACUUUAAAUUAUAAAAGCCGACUUGAAACACUAGCUAUGAGGAUUAUUCCAUUAUCACAAAGCAGCAAUCUGUACUUACUGUAACAUGGAAUUUUUUUCAGUAAAACCAAGUUCAAACAUUUCUAACGAAUAGACUAGAUGAGGUUCUGUUUUUCAUCUUCAGUCUAUUAUAAUGGUAAACAAAAUGCAAACCAUAGUUUUAUGAAUGUCAAAUAUGCAUUACCAGAACGGUUUUUGUUCGAAGGUUAGCGUUUCUUAGAAUUCAUCAUGCUGACACCUCGGAUUUGUUGGUAUAAUAACCCUUAUAAUUUCGUCCACUAUUAAUCUUCAAAGGUCAGAAACAUAUUUGCAAGUUUCAAUGGGCUAGUCGCGUGUAUUUUCCGGGGUUUCUUUCACGUGUAUAACACCUAAAUUAGGCCCAAUUCCCCAUAGAAAGUCUUCUCGGCAAAUCUUUCAUAUGUUGCAUUGCCUUAUCUCAUCAAUCCUGCUUCAAAGUUUUGCUUCACAAAAUCACCAUAUUCAUGAAAUUUUCACAGUUACUCACAUUUUUCUUGGCGCACUCAGAAAACAUUUUAGAUAUUUAUUUCUAAAUUUUAUUGGAUAUUUUUCUCUAUAAAAUGAAUUCUAGACUCACAUUAUUAUUGAUUACUGAAGAUCGCUAUUUUAGGAAUACCAGAGAAAAUACAUCGACGACUUUAUAAUUUAAAUGUAUCUCUUAUCAUAAACAGUUUUAAAUAAAAUAUAUUUAAUCAAAGAUUGUUUUUAAUGUAAAUAAAUAUAAAGUUUAAAAAAAAAACUAUUUAUGGAACGGUUAACCUUGCUGGAUUUGAGUUUGUGAAUUAGGACAACGCAACACAUGGACAACUUCCAAAGAGAUGCUUCCCGGGAGGACUUUUUAUGUGAUACUGGAUCCUAUUUAGGUGUUGAACACGUGAAAAAAUCCGGAAAAUCCUACGUGACUAGCCUGUUGCACCAGAGUAUUGCCGGGUUAUUUUUAUCAUCAAUCAAACUCUAUUCGAUGUUUACAUAAAAGUUCAAGGCACCGAAUGAACUUAACUGUGUGGUCUGCAAUAACCGAUAAUUGUCUAUUAAUCUGUCGAAAAUAAACUGCAGGGUCCAAAAUUUAUAAGCCUUUUGGUCAAAUUGGUGAGGAAAGUUUCUAGCACUUUCCUAUCCAAAUUAAUAAAAAUGCUCUAUUUAUUCCAUGUCCAAAAGAUUGGCCAUUUGUAAAGGAAGGUAGUGGGAAAAGAAAUAAAUCAUUUCAAUUCAUUGGCAUUAUCUCUUAAUGUUCGUGCCGAUGACUGAACGUAAAAAAUAAAUUAUUUACUCACUCAAAUUUAUCAUUUUUUCUCAUCAUUUUCGAUUGUUUACACAAGAGAACCAAUGAAAAUAAAUAUUAUUUCUAUGUGAUAAAAACUAAACAACACGACGAUAGUUGAAUCAGUUCUCUAAAGAUGAUAAACGAGACUGAACAUCGGUCAAAUUUAACAACUAAUUUAUCAAAUUAUACUCAUAUUAAUGAAGAUAUUAAAACAGCUUACAAUAUUCUGGUGAUUUUUUUGAUAAUAUUUAUUAUGACAUCAAUGGGAGCGAAUAUCUGUUGGAAACAGAUUUGGAUGCACGUUCGAAAGCCAUUUGGACCAAUCAUAGGUCUAGUUUGUCAAUUUCUGAUGAUGCCAUUGGUCGGUUUCAUAUAUAAUAAGAUAUUCAAAUUUAAACCUGAAAUGGCAGCGGGAUUACUCAUAAUGUCGUGUUGCCCUGGAGGUGUCGUCUCUAAUAUUUUCUCGUAUUAUUUAAACGGUGAUGUUUCUUUAAGUGUCACCAUGACUACUGUAUCUACCAUUUUAGCAUUAGGCAUGAUGCCUCUUAAUGUUUGGAUAUAUUCAAUAAGAACAGAAUCUAGUACGUUAAUUAUACCAUACAAGAGCAUAGCUUUAUCAUUGAUAUUGAUCAUCUCGCCUGUAUUGGUAGGUAUGGCAAUUAGAUGGAAAGCUCCGAAAGUAUCAGUCUACGUCACAAAGGGAGGAAGCGCUUUAGGCUUUAUAUUUCUUAUUAUUGUAACAAUGUUGAAAUUCGUCAUGUUUAAAAAUUGGCUUCAUCAGAUAUCCUGGAAAUUUAUCAUAGCAUCCACGUGUAUGCCCAUAACCGGAAUUUUAUUGGGAUAUUUCAUAGCUUUAAUUUGUAGAAGAUCAAAUGCUGUUUGUAAAACCAUAGCAAUUGAAAGCGGAAUACAAAAUGCGGCUGUAGCAUUUAGUGUUAUCAUUUUAUCUUUUGAUAUCAGAAAAUAUUUUACAAUACUCUUCAUUCCGUGGUUUUAUGGAUUGUCACAAAGUGUUAUAUGUGCUCUCCUCUGUUUAUUUCACCACAUUUUGAUUAAAUAUUGCAAGAGAGUACAAUCUACACAAGAGGCUGUUGAAAUUGUGAGGAAGAAAGAAGACAUUGUUAUGAAGCCGUCGUCGACGAUCCCUACCUGAAAUAUUAACAUUUUUACUGUAAAUCCUACAACCAAUAUAUUAAAAAAUAUUCAAUUAUU